AUGGUAGCUUUUUGGAAAGAAUGUUGGUUAGGAGAAGACACACUACAAAGCAGGUUCCCAGGAUUGUAUUGCUUAGAAAGAGUAAAAAAUGCAAGGAUAUCGGAGCGGGUAAAAGUAGUAGAUGGAGGGAUAGUGUUGGAUUUUAACUGGUUACGGCAGCCGGUUACGCCAGAUGAAGCGGCUGAAUUACAGACGCUGACUUCGGAACUGGGUGCAGCAGUAUUGGGGAAUGGGGAGGAUCGCUGGAGCUGGAGUCUCGAAGAAUCUGGGAUGUUUUCGGUUAAGAGUCUAAAAAAUAGCAUACAAGCGGCUCGGUUUACAGACUUGGGGAAUGAGUUCGAAUGGAAUAACUGGAUACCGAUAAAGGUUAACUUUUUAGCUUGGAGGUUAUCCUUAGAUCGGGUUCCAACUCUUGUAGCUCUAGCUCGAAGGAACGUCAUCGUCGGUGAAAUACGGUGUAAAAUAUGUGGCUUGUAUGAUGAGGAUGUGGACCAUUUAUUCGUGGGAUGUGAGCUGGCACAGAAGGUAUGGGAUCUGGUGUCGAAAUGGUGCAAGAUAUCAGGUAUCUAUGGGUUUGGAAUUAAGGAUAUUUUGGGUUGGCACAAACAGGUUAGAGGUUGUAAAAAAUGGAGGAAACUUAUAUAUGGCAUUAUGCAGAUAGCACUAUGGGUUGUGUGGAGAAGUAGAAAUGACUUGGUGUUUGAUGGGAAAGAAGUUAAAGUCGACCAAAUAAUGAACGAGAUAAAGCAAUUGGGGUUUUUAUGGAUCGGUAGCCGCUCGAGGUUUAAAGAGAUAAGUUGGGUAGAUUGGUGUAAUUUUGAAAAUUAUGGGAAAUGGAUGUAA